AUGGCCUCCAACACCCCCGCCCCAACCAGCGACGCCGGAUUCACAGCUCGCCAACAACAACAGCUGCAACAAAUGAUAGCUGAAGCGAUCGCCAGUAUCCCCAGGGAUGGCGGACCUCCCGGACCACCCGGCCCCCCCGGACCCCCCGGACCCGCGGCGAAACCUCAGGACCCUGAUGCCCCCUACACCGGGCAUUGGAAGCCCGACGAUCUCGGAUUCUUUGACCCAAACCUUGACGACAAGGACGCCAUAGGCACCGGAGACAUAGUAUACAUCGGCAACCACCCCUACUACCGGGACGUCCACCUGUUCACCGCGCGCGUCAAAGACGUAGCGCGCACCAAGGGCGAAGAGGCUGUCCGCCGUAACCUUACCACAUGCCUCCGCGGCACCGCGCUCGAAUGGUACACAGCAGAGCUAACGGACAUCGAGAAGGACUUCAUGAUCGAAGUCGAUAUCUCCCGGGGAUGGAUCCCCAGCCUCACCAAACGUUUCCAGCAACGCGCCACACAGGCAUGGACCGCCAUAAAGCGCGAUAGCUACACCCUAAAGGACGCGUCCGAAGGCCGCUCUGUCCGCUCUUACUGCCAAGCCAUCUUCCGCAAUGCCAAGAGCGCAGGAAUCUCCGACACCGCCGCCCAGCUUACGGCCGCUUACUCCAACAUAUACUGGGAGUUCCGCGCCCAAAUCACAGAACCCACCCCAGCCACCUCCAUGCAGGAUUUCCUCCGCGAGGUCGAAGCAGCAGGGCAACCAAGCCCCCAGCCAGCCUGCCCUUCAAAACCCGAAACCUCAACUCCUCCUCACAGCCCCACCACGAGGGAACUUCAACAGGCCUAA